AUGCCAGGCUCAGCUGCUCAGAUCUCCGACGAGGCCGCGGAGGCGGAGCUGCGAGAGCUGCGCGGCGCCGCGGCGGCCACCUCGGCGGAGGCGGAGCGCCGGCACGCGCGGGAGCUGGAGCAGCUGAGGGCCGAGCUGCGGGAGUCGCGGGCGCGAGAGGCCGCGCUGGCGGAGGAGCAGGGGCGCCAGAGCGAGCGCUCCGACGCCUGUUCUGGGCAGCUGCGCGAGCUGGAGGCCGAGCUGGAGGAGUCGCUGCUGCUGGCCGCCGGGGCGAGGGGCGGGGGCGCCGCAGCGGAGGCCGAGGCCGAGGAGGAGCUGCGGCAGCUGCAGGCCGCCGCCGAGGAGCUGGCGGGGAAGCUGCGCGCGGCCCGGUCGUGGGCGGAGGCCGAGCACUGCAAGUUCACGGACUGCGCCACCGAGGUCGCCACGCUCCGUGAGGAACGGAAAGGAAGAGGACGAGAAGGAGCUCACGAAGAACGAGUGACCGCAAGUGUAGGUGGGGGAUGAUGCUGUCCUUUGCAGAGUGAGUGCGCCCUUCAGGUCGGGAGUGUUGUUUGGACCAUGAAUACCUCGAGGCAUAUGCGCAGACGCGCUGGGGGGCACUUUACGAGAGGGUUUGGGAGAUGGCCGCUCGCGAAUUCCGAGAACGGCAGUCAGCGAGCAAGCAGUUAGUGGCGGACAUCAAGGAUUGCUCGUCUGCCAGCAGAAUCAGCGUCAAUGAAAGUAUAGAUCAGACGGAGCGCAAGAGAAUAGAAGCGAUGAGGAUGCGGGGAUGUUUCCAGCUGUCUCUCCUCAUGUAUUAACAUAGAUUGUUUCCAUCUUGCUAUCGUGCUUGCACCUGCUGGUGACGUUCUUCUGUCCACCCACACUGCCGUUUAACAUAGUACGAUAUUCCCAGUUUGGGCCCGAUCUCGUUAGGUGUUGCGCGUAUUCCUCGAACGUCGCCUUGUCUUACUCAACACGCUCGGGAGAACUGCCCCCUAACGCCCACGAGCGCGCUUACUUCAACUUGUAGCAAUCAGCAUGUG